UGUAUUUAAGAGGAUCUGAGGGAAUGUGAAACAGAGCAGAAGAAAGUAAGCUGCAAAAACUUCUAAACUUAGAAGACCACAAAGAGCAAGAAAGAUCUCUUCAGUUGAGUGCAACUCGAGUCCACAGACAUGCCUCCACAGAUUCUGUCCCAAACUCCCACCUCUGUGGCCGUCCUCCAGGGGGACUUGAACAGCUUAAAGCCUCAUGUUCAGGACUUCAUACAAACCUAUGUCAGCAUCUGCAAACCUGACAGCAUUUACAUCUGUGAUGGCUCGGAGACGGAAAACAGAACAUUGUUAGCACUUCUGGAGGAAAACGGCAUGAUCAAACGGUUAACCAAGUAUGAAAACUGUUGGCUGGCAAGAACAGAUCCCAGAGAUGUGGCCAGAAUCGAAAGCAAAACUGUGAUUGUCACACAGGAUGAGAGAGACACCAUUCCAAAUGCAAAAACUGCCGUUAGCCAGCUGGGACGUUGGAUGUCUGAGCAUGAAUUUGACAAAGCCUUCAAAGAGAGAUUUCCAGGAUGUAUGGCAGGUCGCACAAUGUAUAUCAUUCCUUUCAGCAUGGGGCCUGUUGAAUCACCCCUGUCCAAGAUAGGUGUUCAGCUUACGGAUUCGCCAUACGUUGUUACAAGUAUGAGAAUCAUGACUCGAAUGGGUACACAUAUUCUGGAUUCCUUGGGUGAUGGAGAGUUUGUAAAAUGUGUUCAUUCUGUUGGCUGUCCUCUUCCAUUGCAAAAUGCUCUAGUUAACAACUGGCCAUGUAAUCCUGAGAAGACACUGAUCGCUCACAUACCCGAUCACAGAGAAAUUAUUUCAUUUGGAAGUGGUUAUGGAGGAAACUCUCUUCUUGGCAAGAAAUGUUUUGCAUUGCGAAUUGCUUCCAGGCUUGCAAAGGAAGAAGGCUGGCUUGCUGAGCAUAUGCUGAUUUUAGGCAUCACCAACCCUGAGGGCCGUAAGAAGUAUUUUGCUGCAGCUUUCCCUAGUGCUUGUGGAAAGACAAACCUUGCUAUGAUGAAGCCAUCAUUGCCAGGAUGGAAAAUAGAAUGUGUAGGAGAUGAUAUUGCCUGGAUGAAAUUUGAUGGACAAGGUAACCUCAGGGCUAUUAACCCAGAGAAUGGCUUUUUUGGUGUUGCACCUGGAACAUCUAUAAAGAGUAACCCAAAUGCUAUGAAAACAAUCAGCAAGAAUACCAUUUUUACUAAUGUGGCUGAGACCAGUGAUGGUGGUGUGUACUGGGAAGGUAUCGGAGAACCACUUCCAGCAGGAGUUACCCUUACAUCAUGGAAAAACAAACCCUGGAUACCAGAAGAUGGAGAACCAUGUGCUCAUCCCAACUCUAGAUUCUGUACGCCUGCUAUCCAGUGCCCAAUUAUUGACUCAGACUGGGAAUCUCCUGAUGGUGUACCUAUUGAGGCCAUAAUCUUUGGAGGGCGACGACCAGAAGGAGUUCCUCUUGUAUACGAAGCAUUUAACUGGGAACAUGGCGUGUUUAUCGGAGCAGCCAUGAGAUCUGAAGCCACAGCAGCAGCAGAACAUAAAGGCAAAGUCAUUAUGCAUGACCCAUUUGCAAUGAGGCCUUUCUUUGGUUACAACUUUGGCAAAUAUCUAGCUCAUUGGUUAAGUAUGGGGCAUCAUUCUGGAGUAAAACUCCCCAAAAUUUUCCAUGUGAAUUGGUUCCGCAAGGACAAGCAAGGAAACUUCCUUUGGCCAGGCUAUGGUGAAAAUUCACGAGUACUUGAGUGGAUAUUCCGAAGAACGGACAGUGAGAAUUGUGCAAAACAGUCUGCAGUUGGUUACAUUCCUACUGAAACAACAUUUAACCUGAAGGGGCUUGGAAAAAUCAACUUAAAAGAACUGUUUGACAUUUCCAAGGAAUUCUGGGAGAAGGAAACAGAUGACAUUAGAAAAUACUUUGAUGAGCAGGUCAAUUCAGAUCUUCCUUAUGAAAUAGAACAACAACUUGCUGAUCUGGAGCAGAGAAUAAGACUGUUGAAAUAAAAUGUGACAACCAUGAACUGAUACAACAGAAAAACACAGUUACAGUGACUGCCACAUAGUAUCAUUUUACUAAAUAAUGAUGAUGUGUAACUUUUAAUUAUGCAUUGUAAGGAAACAUUCCUUCUCGGAGUGUACAAGCUAUUCAAAGUGAUUUUUAUGGCUUACAUGUAGAGAAGGCGCCAUAUUGAAUUUUUUUUUUUUUUGCUGUUCUGUAAUUUGAAUCCGUUUUUAACGAUGAUAGUUUACAGGCCUGAAUCUCCUAAACAGAACAGACAGACAGUUACAUGCUAUACAUAGGGUUCUUUUCAGCAGACCAAAGAUGCAUGUUUUUGAAUGCGUCUUGGUCGAACUGACAAAACUGAAACUGCAAAAUAUCGAAGCGGCAUGUAAGCGA